AUGUUUACAGAAGGUAAAUCCAUGGCGAUAUCAUACGACUGCAAGUUCAUUGAGACAUCUGUAGGAAUAAACCACAACGUAGAUGAGCUCCUUGUGGGAUUACUGACGCAAAUACGGUUGAAACUAGAAAAUCCUGAGAGAACACGAGAUCUAUUCCGUAAGAGGUCGAGGAAAAACCGCAGCAGAUCACCUUUGGGUUCAUGUUCUGAGAACAACUCACCUAAGAAAUACCGUGGCAGUCGCACAAGUGCUAGUCUCAAAGUACGUAGUUUACUGGGUAAAGUUUGGGCAAGAGAUAGUAAAUCCAAAAGUUGCGAGAAUUUACAUGUUUUGUAA